UUUUUUUGUUUAAAUACAGUUAAAUAAAUCAUGUGCUUUUGAGCAAUUUUAUGAUAUUUGGACCUUUUGUCCCACCGUCAUCUGGACUAUUUGCGCCACUGUCAUCUGGACCUUUUGGGCCAGCACCGUCAUCCAGACCAUCUGCGCCACUAUCGUCAUCCGGACCUUUUGCGCCAGUACCGUCAUCCGGACCGUCUGCACUGUAUGCACCAGCACCAUCAUCCGGACCAUUUGCAUCAGCACCAUCAUCCGGACUGUCUGCACCAGCACCAUCAUUCAGACCACCUGCACCGUCAUCCGUACUGUCUGCACCAGCACCGUCAUCCGUACCCUAUGCACCAGCACCAUCACCAGCACCAUCACCAUCAUCUGGACCAUCCACACCAGAACCUGCACCAGCGCCGGCCCCUGCACCAGCACCGUCAUCUGAACCGUCCGCACCAGUUUCGGAUCCUACAGAAACUCAGCCUCCAAUAUUACCAUUACCAACUCAAACUGGUAAUCAUUCAAAGGUUCUUCUUCUUGAUGAAAUUACGGUUGACCUAGAUGUACUUGCCAGGGCUGAUCUUUUGACUUUCCUAAAAAAGGAAUGUGAAGAGCUCGGUGCUACUAUUAUAUAUGCUACACACAUAUUUGAUGGCCUUGAGAAUUGGCCUUCACACAUCGUUUAUGUUGCUCAUGGGAAGUUGCAGUUAGCAUCGACUAUGGAAGAGGUCAAAAAGAUGAGCAACCUAUCUUUAAUGGUCAGUUUCACUUGGUUCACACAUCAACUUGGUUACAAAAUAAAUUAUGAUAGGCAAUCAAAUAACGAAGACGUUAGUGAUGAUGCGAGAACAUUAAACAAAUUUGAAAUCCAGAAUAGACAGACACAUCACAACCUUCGAGCGGAUUUGGUUAAACAUAUUUGGAUGGUUCCGAGAUACAAUCCCGAUGACGACGAUGAUAAUUAA